AUGCCCACCCCCAACCUCCACCUCCGCGGCGGCUCCUUCGCCGACACCUCCGGCUACGCCCCCAACUUCACCCGCGCCGCCCACCCACGCGCACGCGGCGUCCGCACCCGCUACCGUACCCGAGCAGAACGGGAAGAAUACGAACAACAACAACAACAACAACAACAACAACAACAACAACAACAACAAGCACGCAACCAACCCCAUAACCAACCCCGUACCGCAUCCCCAAACGCAAACGCAGACUCAGACCCCUCCUCCACCCCGCCCAGCGCCGACUAUGACGCGGUGCCUAGGGAUGCACUGUAUAACCGCCGCGUGCGCAUGCUUGGGAUUCAGGAGAGUUUGGUGAGGGAGUUUGCGGAAGGGUAUUUUGGGUUGGGGGAUAUGCCUGCUGCUGCUGCCGGGGGGAAGGGCAGGGUGUGGUUGGAGGGCGGGUUUUCGGAGCAGUUCCUUUGGUUUGUUGCGCAGGUGGCUAUGCAGGAUAAUAACGCGGGCGGGUGGGAUGUGUUGCUGACGAAGAAGACGCAUCGGGAGUGUCUUGUUACGGGGGUCAUUGGGAAGGUGUUGGAGAUGGCGGUCUUUGAUGACUUGCUGUUCGGGGCCGACAAGGUGCAGAAGAGCAUGCUUGAGGCGCAGGAUGAGUGUACCCUCGAUCUUGAAGGUUACCACCGUACCGCCUUGCGGUCCCAGUCUAUCCGCACCCUCCUAGUCGACGACAUCUUGACACCGGAUUUCUGGCCCUGUGUCGACCAGCUGACACUCCAGAUCACAACGCUGCUUCUGCCCCUGCUCGGCCUCAUGGACAGGCAUAUUCCGGCCAGCCAAGCCAACUCGCUGCGUAGCUUCUACCAGGACCUACACGCCAUUGUCGCCGGAGCCGCAUACCUAUCCAUCGGCAUCCGCUGGUCCCGCAACAUCUUCCGCUUCUCGCUGCCCUACCCUGGCGAGGUGUGGGAUCUCGACCAGGAGCAUGUCGAUGACACGAUUUACAAAGUUUCCGAGGCCGCAAACACGCAAGCUGAUUCAACCGCCGCAGAGAGGUGGAGGACCGAACGCCGCCAGCGCUUAGACAGGCAGCGGGAGAGAGAAGCGCGAGCCAACAAUCCAACUCUCCUAGAUUACCGAGAGGACGCGCUUGCCUCGAUUCGGAACCAACUCAACGCAGCCCGCAGGCGCAUUCUGGGCCGAGAAGACGAAGAGGACUCGGGCAACGACAACGAUGUUUGGCGCCAGCCCUCCCGCAUGGGCAAGGUCCAGAUCAUACUCUGGCCCAUGCUGCAACGCUUCGAGACGGUCGGCGAGAUCGAUCCCGAGGUCGGGGCCGCGGACGGGGAACACGUCACCAAUGUUUUCAAGUCCCAGGUGGUCUACUACUACGGCCAGGUCGACGAGGCUGGCGGGGACAGCGACCACCAUCCGAGCCUGGACGACUGGAUGCGCGAGGCCAGACGAGAACGCGCGUGGGACUGGUUCCAGUCGCUGGCAUGGCUUCUUUACCCCGUUGCCGCAUGGUUCCUGCUCGGUUUCCUGGCACGAUACAGCCCGAUGAUCGCCGACAUCCAGCAAAUCGUCAGUCACGGAGUGGAUAGGGUAUUCGCAUACAUCGCCCGGGAAACGAGCCUUUUCGUGAUGGAAGCCCUGAUCACGCUCGUUGCGGUUGUUAUUGCCAUCACCAAGCUGGCUAUGUACAUCGUUUAUGUUGCUUGGGAUAGACUUGCUGUUAUAGCGGGGCCGACUCUGGGUUAUCUUUGGGGUGCUCUUGGUGAUAUUCUUGGGUAUGUAGACGGCGCGGGAGGGUGGUACAGUCCUGGGUUGGCUUAUCCUGACAUGAGCUGGGCGUCGAUCAAGGACCUGGCCCGGGUAUUUGCCGCGCGUUUCGGGUUGUAA